AGAUUACACAUCAAAAAUCACGCUGACUGCUGCUGCUCAAAGGACCAAUGGCCAUUAAGCUGCAGACUCCGCAACUACAGUGCUAUGGUAAACACACAGAAAAGGGAGGAGGUAUGUCCAGGAGCGACUUCCACUCCCCUUAGAUACACCAGUCCAUAAGUUCCAGAUCGGAGAUGAGGUGCUGGUCCGAAUGUGGAAAGAAGAGCCGCUUCAGCCCAGGUGGAAGGGACCGUAUCCUGUGAUUCUCACCACUCACGCUGCAGUGAAGGUUCAGGGGGUAAAACUGUGGAUACACUACCCCUGGGUGAAGGCCGCACCAGAAGUACCACCUGCGGGAGAAGUUGCUGAGAGUGUCGCACCAGAAGCCAACACAAACGGACACCGUUGGACAGCAGAGCCAGUAGAAGGACUUAAAUUUCUGUUUAAACGUCAACCAUGUGGACAGUAGUUCUUUGCAUAGGCGUAAUGUUUCUAGGGUCUAAGGGGUUGGUGCACCAAAGGUUCGAAAAGAGUCAAAAUGUGUGGGUUUAUUUGGCAAAGGAUGUAUUAAAUGUCACUCAUUUUUGUUUGGCGGGAGGAACAUCGGUUGAGGAUAUUUUCACGUCAUGCCUUAUAGGGGUGCCCACUCCGUUGGAAGCAGUCCGGAAUCAGACUUGGUUCGCAUCUGAGGGAAUAGGAGUUCCAAUCAAUUACACUAACUACCCCAUGUGGGGAACCAUUACCACAGAAAGGAACGCCAGUACCUUUGAAAUAGAUUUGUUGACAGUCACCUCCCCUAGUAACACCAGCUAUGCCAAUUUUGUGAACUGUACCAAAGCUUGUAAGAGCCUAACCAAAGAAAUGAAAAUUUUCAAUUGCUCAGACGUGACUAAUGUAUCUUGCAACUACGGUCAUGUGGUAUUACCCCGGGGGUGGUUCCUUCUUUGUGGGAAGACUUCCUAUUCAUAUAUCCCAGCCAAUGCCACAGGAGGCCCUUGUGCUCUGGGCCGGUUGACUGUCUGGCUACCAGGUAUGCCUACAACCCCUAGUAAAUGUCACCGGAGAGGUUUGCAUGUGCUAGAUGAAUCCUGUGAUAGUGACAUAGACCUCCUGAGUAAGGCCGAUGUAGUGUCCUUAGCAGUUUCCAUAGUAGGGGUGCCAGGCCUAGUAGUGGACUCUGAGAGGCAGCUUAGUAAGGUGGCCUGUGCCCUGGCAAAGGGCCUAAAUACAACUUUACAGGCCCUAGCUGCCCUCAGUACUGAAAUGAAAGAACUAAGAGGAGCUACUCUGCAAAAUAGAGCAGCCAUAGAUUACCUGUUGCUGAGGCAUAACCACGGAUGUGAAGAGUUCAAGGGAAUGCGUUGUUUCAGUUUGACAGAUAAUUCCGAGUUGAUAGAGUCAAAAGUGCAGAAGUUAAAAGAAGUUCUGUCCCACAUUAAGCAAGGGGAAGGGUUCGACUUCUCAUGGCUUACUUCUUGGCUUCCUAAUUUUUCAUGGCUUAAGCAAAUUUUCCUAUUAGUUGUGGCAAGUAUGUGUAUUUUCUUGAUGAUUUGUUGUGGAGUACAGUGUGUGCCUAUGUGUUGUGAGGUACUGAAGAGAUCAAUUUCUUCCCCCGUUCACCGCAUGAUGCUUGUAAAACCAUCAGUUACAAACCCGAUCCAAAAGAAUCGGGAGGGAGCGAAGAGAUUUCUGAAGAUGAAAAAGAUGGUCGAGGACUAUGGUCCUAUUCCAUAGGGUCAUAGCCUCAAAGUGGGGAUUUGAUGAGUACAACUGAAACUUUUAUAGGUUUUUUUAUACUUUGGGAACAGCUGUAUGUUUUGAAAAAAGUAUUUUAUCUAACCAAGGGCAUAGAGUAGGUUGUUUAGGCUGGGGGAGAUCGCUUGUUGCCUAGUUGCUUAAUUGCUGGCCUUGCUAGAGGGAAAGCCAUAUCAGCAAGGUCCCUAAGGGGUUGGAAAGGGGGGUUACUGGCUGAGCUUGCUGAAUAACAGGUGCCACAUCAGCAAAUUACACUGUCACGAAGGCAAGUUCAAACUGACUAGGGAGGGGUCUGUAGCUAGGGUGAAGUGCGCAUGGACCAAAAAGGGCAACCUAUAGUAACUGCAUAGCGUGUAAGGCUAGAAGAGGCUAUAUAAGGCUAAUGCGCACUUGGGUGGGUGUGCUUGCUUUGCGAACGAUUGCCAAGCACCACUUUCUGAGCAGAAAUAAAGAUUAAGAUAGAUUCUU